UUGUUUUUCUUUAUUAGAAAAAAUUUACUCGGAGAAAGAAAAACGUAGAGGUUUUUUACAAUCAGCCAAUAGUUUUAUUUUUUUAUUUCUUUUGCAUAAAAAACAAAUAGCAACCGAAUAAAAAAGAAAUCACUUAAGACUAUUUAAAAUAAGCUAAGAACUUUUAAUUAUGUUAUGGCUUCAAGCAGCAGCGAUGAAAGUUCCAAGGCAGCACCUUGUCUUGCCUUUCAAGUAUCCAGCGCAUCGAACGAUGAAGACGAUGACGAUUUACUGAAAGGUAAAUCCCAGAAAAAGCAUCGUUCAAAGUUGAAGCUAAGAUGUGGGAGUGGAAUUGCCAUAGAUGGAAAUAGUGGCUUGGAUGCAGCACCAUCAUUGAAGUGUUUACUUUGUCUCAAACAACAACAUAGAUUUCACUGCCGUGAAUGUGUCAAGUCAGGAUACAUAACACGCAAGGGACAAUCCCAUGCAGCAGAAUGUUUAUCGGAAAAGCAGCAGAGAUUCCUGAAGCUUAAAGCCAACUUAAACGAAUUUAAUCAACAGUAUGAACGAUUGAUCAAGGAUAAGAAGGCCAGUGAAAAUGUCAUAUUCGAAAUCAAGAAACAUCAGGAGCAAGUGGAACUAUUAAAGGAGUUAAUAGCUAAGAAAAAAUCAUCACUACAGAGCCUUCAAGAACAACGUAAUGAGCUAGCUAAAGCUAAUUCCGACAAACGUAAAACAUUGCCAAAGUAUCCCAUUAAAGUUAAAGAACUGGAAGAUUAUGUGCUCGAUCGUAUAGAGAAAAUAGGUAACCUUCGUGAACGUCAUCAUACACUAUUGGACACAUUAAAGGAAGUUACACGACGUGGCAUAAGACAAUUGGUAGAAUACAUAUUUCCCAUAUCCGAAAUAGUGCUAAAAGAUGAACAGCGACCCACCACCUCGGGGUCUGGUCAACCACAAAAAGCAUCUAAUUCUCCCCCUGAAGAUUCGGAUACAAUUGCCGCUUUAGCCGAUGCAAAGAAUACUUCGUACAUACGAGGCAAAUGGGUUUUUCAUGGCAGUGGCAUUAGUGAGAUGCAAUAUCGCAUUGUAGCACCAUCUCUACCAGCUAAUGGUGAUUAUUCGGCGUAUCGAGAAUGGUUGAAGGACAACAAAGAUGAUGUACCAAAGACAACGGCAAAUGAAAUAAUACCAAGUCGUGUCAGUGCUUUCCGUAUUGUGGGUGCCCUGACCUAUACCACACAAUUGAUGCAAUUGAUAUGUUAUUACUUGAACAUAAGAUUGCCGCAUAAGGUGGCCUAUGGGGACUUUUGCCGAAAACUAAAUGAAGAACAAUUUUUAAGGAAGGUUUCUAGGCUGAAUUCGAACAUCAUGUAUUUGGCAUACACACAGCAGGUGAAACUGCGCUCUCUGAAUGAGAAUCAUACGUUGGAAAAUCUACUCAUUCUACUUGAUCCGGAAAAGAGUGAUUUGGGACGCCAUGGAUUUCAGGAAGUGGGAAAUGCUCCACUUAUGAAAUCCGUCGAUUCGUUGUUAAUAUUAAUCGAAACAGCGACUGAGUCGGAAUCUGAAGAUGAAAAUUCAUUGCGCUUAGAUUGGGAAGCUGUUCCCAAUUUGCCCACACAACAUGAUGCAAAUCUAAUGAUACCAGUGGCAGGCCAACAACAGCAACAACAAUCCACCAUUGCCCCAGGUCUUUUGACAUCGGCUGCCACUCGUAUAAAUUCUAUAUUACGUUGGAUUAAAUAGACGAUGCUAGGGUAUACAAAUUUUGCAUAGAAUUCAAGCUUACUUUAUUUAUUUACCUGUGUAAUGAAGAUGAAGAAAAACGAGAUUUUUUUUAAAUGGACUGUGAUGUAAUUUUGUUUUUGGCUUUCCAACGACCAAAACAAAAGUAUGUGGUAUAGACAUGGAACACAAUCAUUCAUUUAUAUAUUUGUUUAAGCUUUUUUCUGUUCUUCCCAUUAGAUUGCUCCGCUAAGCUUCAACUCUCUUUUAGUUUUUUUUACAUAUUUUUAUAUGUCAUUUAACAAAUCUCUAACAAAGUAAUUAUUAUAAUUAGAUCAUUCACUCUUCCCCGCUGUAGCGGUACAAGAACGACAUGAUUUAUUAUUCCUGUACAUAUAAACAUUUUUACCAUAUUAUAAGAGAGCAAACAGAAAUUGUACAUGUGUAUUGAAUUAAAUUUGUUUUGCUAUAUCCUUAUCUUUUCGUAGUAAUAUAAAGUAGUUGUGCAAACAUUUUAUCUCCUUCCCACCCCCCACAAAGCUAUUAUUCUAUAAAAUUACUUUUACACCCCAUCAUCAUAAUCUUCGCCAGGACGAUGAUGAUGAUAUCAUUGAAAUUUAUUUUGCAUUGUUUACAAUGAUUAGAUGGAACACAUUUUAGAUGAUAAACAAGAAGGAAGGAAAAUCUAUUAUAAGGUAGACUACAAAACUGUACUACUGUUCUACAAAAACAAAACUCAAUCAUUUGCAAAUCCUUGGAACAACAACAAUGUUAGUAAAUUAAUGAAUUUCUAAUUUUAAUUAAAUAAAUAAAACAUCA